GUAGCCUACUAAAAAUAAUGUGGGUUGUUUGACAACUGGUCAGUUCAUCCUGUGGCUAAAGAGACACUGUUUCGAACUCAGUUCACUACCGAAAAUGUCCUCCAGUUCAAACCGGCACUCGAAAAGAAGAUAAAGGGCACCUUUUCAGCUUACAUGGAACCAACCUACCUAAUACGCGAGCUUUAAAGUAACAUAAAUAUCCAUAACAAAAGUUUUGCAUCCCCAAUCGGAUAAAGAACAUGAUAAUUAGUCCGAAACAGCUCAACCAUACUCGCUUUGUAUGUAGGCAGUUAAGUCACGAGGGUUUUCUGUAGCUCAGGUAUUUGUCCCGUAGGCCGAUUUGGCUCUUUCCACAAUCUUACCCCACCACUUUAAAUCGGCGCCACAUCUACAGGCGCGCACUGACGCGAUUCAACGCGUGCCGCAUCCAUUAUACAUCGGCAUCACCUUCCUUGUCGUGCGUGCAUUGCCAUUCUGAGAACUUAUCACCCAAUAAGUCAACACCAUUCUCUUGGUUCCUAUAUUACCUCUUAUGCCAAUAUAGGUGGCGUGUCUCGCCCGAUAGACGAGAUGGCCCCGGCAUCAUCACGUCGCCGCCGCCGAUCUGAUACAGACAAUACCGACGACGACGAUGACGAAACCCACUACGGACACCGCUCGUAUGCCGACGAUAUUGGCUCUUCUAAGCGCCCUAGGCUUGACCAAGAUGGUGACCAUAACGCAACCCCCGAGCAGCCCCAUCACGGGAAAGUGAACGGUGCAUCGAACGGAAAUAAUAUGGAUGAUGGCUUUCAACCAGGCGCCAUCGUUAGAGUCAGCGUGCAAAACUUUGUCACGUACGAAAAGGCAGAAUUUCUGCCUGGGCCUCAUCUCAACAUGGUGGUUGGUCCAAAUGGCACUGGAAAGAGCUCUUUGGUCUGCGCUAUCUGUCUGGGCCUAGGCUACAGCCCGAAACACCUUGGUCGUGCUGGCUCAGUCAAGGAGUUUGUUAAACACGGAAAGGAUACGGCCACAAUUGAGAUCGAACUCUACAGGCGACCGAAUCAUCGCAAGAACUACGUCGUCAAGGUUCAAAUUCGUCGAGAACAGAACAAUCAGAAAUGGUGGCUCAAUGGUAAAGAAACCAGCCACAAGGAAGUGCAACGGUUGAUACGCAAGUUGAAGAUUCAGGUAGAUAACCUGUGCCAAUUCCUUCCGCAGGACAGGGUUGUCGAGUUCGCUGCCUGCACACCUGUGGACCUUCUGCGGGAAACUCUUCGCGCAGCCGCCCCAGAAGAAAUGCUAAUCUGGCAGAAGCAACUUCAAGAAUUGGACAAAGAUAAGAAAGAAUUAGAACAGGCUACACAUGUCGACGCAGAGACUCUGAGAAACCUGGAGAAUCGACAACAAGGUCUCCAAACAGACGUGGACAGGAUCCGGGAACGGGAGGAAAUCAUAGAUCAGGUGAAAAAUCUCAAGUCAGCCUUGGUUUUUGCCAAGUACUCGGAGGCUCGUACAAGACACAAAGAUGCCAAAGAGCGGAGGAAGCUCGCAGAGAGGUCUCUAAGACGCCUCGAACACGACGCCGGCCCCUCAUUACAGGCCGUGAACGAAAAGCAGCUCUAUGCCCAGCAAAUUGAUGAAGCGACCUUAGCAAGAAAAACAUCAUUGAAGAACGCAGAAGACGCUGCGAAAAAACUGGCGCGUGAUGCAAGCACCGCUUCCGAAAACCUCAAAGAGUUCGAGAAUAGCCUUGAAGCGGAACGCAAAGGAUUUGACGUCAAGCGAAAGGAAUUGGCCCAGUCCAAGUCAAGAAUAACCGCUCUCCAGGCUGAUAUUAGAAACCAGCCAGAAGAGUUUAAUCCUUCCGAGUUUAAUCAAAAAAUUCGAGGAGAAGAACACAACCUCAGAGAAUUAGAAGGAGAGAUACGCGAAGUGUCUAGCCAACGCGAGGAAGUAAAGAACAAGGGCAAAACGAUCAACAAUGAGAUCCGACAAGUGGAGAAUAAUAUCCAGUCAUUGGAAACCCAGCAAGGUCAACAGCUCAACUUCAUGCGGAAAAACUUCCCCGAGCUAGCAACGGCAUGGACCUGGAUCCAAGAGCAUCAAGGAGACUUUGAAAAGGAGGUUUUUGGCCCACCCAUGAUCAGCUGUUCCAUCAAGGAUGAACGAUAUUCGGAUCAGGUGCAAUCCCUUCUUCAAGGAGAUGACUUUACAUGCUUUACAGCACAAACGAAAAAUGAUUACAAGAAGCUGUCAGACGAGCUCUACCGUGUUCAAAGCUUGUCUGUUGUUAUUCGAUCUUGUGCUCAGCCUCUCAAUGCCUUCUCAAGACCCGUCAGUAUGGAUGAGGCAAGUGACCUGGGUCUUGACGGUUUUGCCAUCGACUUUCUUGAGGGACCCGAACCCGUUCUAGCAAUGCUCUGUGCUGAAAAGAGGCUUCACCAGUCAGGAGUCUCUCUCCGGGAUCACAACGAUGCUCAAUACGAUCGUCUGGUCAGAAGCGGCAGAGUUAACUCCUGGGCAGCCGGUACCCAGUCUUUUAUCGUCAGGAGACGCAAAGAAUAUGGACCCCAGGCCAUGACCGCCGUCACCAAGAAUAUUCCACCCGGGAGGUUCUGGACCUCACAGCCCAUCGACGCCCAAGAAAAGCAAGAAAUGAACAAGCGAUUGGUUGAGUUGAAUGGUGAAAGAGACAUCUUGAAACAGCAAUACCAUGAGUUGCAAGACAAAAUCCAAGCCAUCGAGGACCGACGGACCAGCACUCAUGAUAAUAUUACUCGACUCAAGUCAGAAAAGAAUGCCCUGCAAAAAGAAUACCAAAAAUGGCAGUCUCUGCCUGAGAAGAUCGAAUCCGAGGAGCGCUCCAAGAUAGCUCAUGAACAAUCCAUGCAAGAUGCACGCAAACGAAUGGUCGAGAUUCGUUACGACUGGGACGAAGCGGUGCUUCGUCGGGCUGAGAUUGUUCUUCGCCACAAGGAAGCGAUUGAAAACAUACGAAGAGCACAUCAGGCACUCCUCGAAGCCGAAAUCCGCGGCAUCGAAGCUUACUCUGAUGUUGAAGGUCUCAAAGGACGAAAUGCACACAUCAUGCAGCGUCUUGAUGCUGAAAAGGAGAUAUUGCAACAGGCCACCGAUGACGCCAGUCGAGCGCGCGAUGAGGGCAACCGUCUCUCCGACGAGGUCCAGCAAGUCCUUGAAAAUGAGCCAGAGAAGCGCGAUCUGUUUUCACAACUCUGCGAAAAUAAGUCUUGCCAAGAUAUUCAAGACGAAAUUGGAGGAGAAGAGGCGAAACUUGAAAUGGUACACGUCGCCAAUCCUAAUAUAUUACGGGAGUUCGAAAAACGCGCUGAGGAAAUCGACCGUUUGACACGAAAGAUAGCUGGAUCCAACGAUCAGCUGCAGGGGCUGAGCCAAGAAAUCGACGGGUUGAAAUCCAGAUGGGAACCACGACUUGAUGAAUUAGUUUCAAAGAUCAACGACGCUUUUGCAUACAACUUUGAGCAAAUAAGUUGUGCUGGCGAGGUUCGUGUUCACAAGCCGGAGGAUUUUGACGCCUGGGCUUUAGACAUCAUGGUUCGUUUUCGCGAAAAUGAAACCCUUCAACAGCUGACAGCACAUCGCCAAUCCGGUGGCGAGCGAGCUGUCUCCACCAUCUUCUUCCUUAUGGCUCUUCAAUCUCUAGCCCAGUCACCGUUCCGUGUUGUGGAUGAGAUCAACCAGGGCAUGGACCCUCGCAACGAGCGUAUGGUACACGAACGAAUGGUCGAGAUCGCAUGCCGUGAGCACUCAAGUCAAUAUUUCCUCAUUACUCCGAAACUCUUGACAGGUCUGCGAUAUGACCCCAAGAUGCGCGUGCUUUGUAUUGCGAGUGGCGAGCACAUGCCUCGUGAGGGGCGUAAACUUGAUUUUAAACGAUGCUUGAAUAUUCAGAAGGGUCUUACGGCCGCUUCUGCUUGAGGCGUGAGCUCAGGCGUUGCUUCUUUCUCAUAAUGACAAUAAGUAGUGGGUCAAAGCCGGUUUGCAUCGUUCUGCGGGGCAUGGAUAGGAGACUAGGCGAAAAGGAUUGAAAGUCCACGAGGACAUAUGAUGGUUUUAUAGCAUUAAUAUACACUAGAGGGAGGUAUGGUGUUCCGGGAUUUCCAACCGCCGUUUCUUGCCUCUAUUCCUGAUUUGCCCCCCUUUGAAACGACUUGAUCGAAAAAGUAUGUCCAGGCGCUCAAUAGGCAUGGGUGUCAAAGAGGGAGGAAGGCGAAUACUUCAAAUUUAAACUAGACAAUACUUCAUUUAUUCAUUGACGC